GCAACCGAGACGGGUAGUUCUUUUCUAUUUCCUGGGGUUGACUUUGAGCUGAGACUCAGACACCAUCGUCUUUCCUAAUUGCCGACGGAAAAUGGCUGCGAUGUCGAUGGAUUUGGUUAUCGAUAUUCUCCUCCGCCUCCCGGUGAAGUCUCUCUUGCGAUUCAGAUGCGUUUCCACAUCAUUUUGCUCCGAGAUUGACAGUGCAGAUUUCGUCAAUACUCAUGUCAACAGAUCAAUCCAAAGCAGAACCGGCCAAAAGCUAAUUGUCAGUGGCUCAUCAUCUUGCAACGGUCCCACCGAUUUCUACGCAGCUGAUUUUGAAGACGACCUCAAAGCUGCCUUCCUACUCAACAACCCAUUAAAAUCUCAACAUGGCAGCAACAUGGUAUGCGGUUCUUGCAAUGGUUUGAUUCUCUUGGGUAUGCUUUCUAAUUCUAGAUUUAGACGCACUGAACAUGCCAUAUGGAAUCCAUUUACUAGGCGGUAUAAGAAAGUACCGAUUUGUCCAGUCCAAACCCUACCUGGGUACUGCUGGUAUUUCAAUAUUGGUUUGGGGUAUGAUUCUGCUCAUGAUGACUAUAAGAUUAUAAUGAUUUCACUGGUUGUUGAGUCCAAUCAUUUUUCUUACCCAGUCUGGCUGUUUAGUUUGAAAUCAAGUUCUUGGAGAAGGAGUCAAGAUUUUCUGUUGGAGCUUAGAAAUGGUUCAAGGGAGAUAGCAGGACGUUUUGCAAAUGGUGCUCUGUACUGGGAUGGCUCAGAUGGGAUUGUUGGUUUUGAUAUCGCAAAUGAGGUGUUCUUUAUGAUCCAGAAAUCGUCUGGUUACUUGGUGGUUUUAGGAGGUAACCUUUAUAUCCCUGUACCACGUGCUGAUGAUAAAGAUGUAGACUUUUACUUGUAUGCCAGUGAUAACGGUGGAGAAGUUGCCUCUGGUAGUUGGAGGAAAGAAUUCACAGUGGAGGAAGAGGUGCUGUCCAGGUAUAAUGUUCUCCGACUUUGGCCUUUGGCUUACUCAAAAGAUGGGGAUAGCAUUCUGCUGCUUACUAAAGAAAAUGGGUUUGUUUGGUAUAAUUUUGAAAACAAAACGAGACAAAGGGUGGAAAUUCCUGGGAUGCCUAAGGUCAUGCUUGAGGAUCCGACCAAAAAACACUGUGUUAACUUGGAAAGCCUUGUUUCUGUUGGCAAUGAUAGUGCAUUUGAUGGGGCAGCUGAGGAAGUGAUACUAAAUGAUUAAGACCUCUUUUGGAAGGUUCAAGUUUGCACAGACCAAUGGCUGUGAUUCUGCGAAGUGGACAUGUUUUUGGUUAGUAAGGGGUGAUAAUUUUUCAGUGAAAUUCCAUGUUUUUGUUCAUGUUUAUGUAUUUAUGUGGGUUCUCUGCUCUAAGUAUGUAUGGCAUUGCCUGUUAUUUAUAAAAGUUCUUUUUU